UGCGAAACCGGGGAUGUAUUACUUUGUUCUUCCUCCAUGUGGAGUUAUUGGUAUGCGAUGACGCUCUUGUGCUUACUCUCUGGUCUAACGCGGGGCACUAUCGACUCGUCGACAUCCAUCUGCGCUCCCUCACAAGCGUCUACGCACCGAUUGUGUUCAGGAAGCAUGCAUGAGACAGAAGAUCCAGCAUACGUCCCUCUCUCGUCCAAGCGGCAGACGAUGGGCAGUCGACUGAUUGAAUGGAAUUGAACAACACCAGAGCUCGUGGCGAAGGGUAUGUUCAUGGACCCUGAUACGACGCGCAUCAUCACAAAAUGAAUCAUCCUCACUUGACAUCAUUUUAAAAUACACAAGAAGAAGACCGUGGCAGCGCGAUAUGUACUCUUCAACUGAGGACAGAUAACAUCUAG